AUGACUCAAGCUCUGUUAAGUGAAGCUGAGAAUCGAAGAAUAACAUCAGAACCCUUGACAGUGUGGCUAGAGCGCCUCAAUGCUGUAACCAGCGAUGCCGAGAAUCUACUGGAUGAGUUGAAGUACGAAUACAAUCGAAGGAAGUGUGAGGUACAAAACCGAAUGAGAAACAAGGUACGUGAAUUCUUCUCCCUCGAAAAAAAUCAAAUCGCACUUGGUCUCGUGAUGGCUAACAAGGUCAACACUAUCAACUCGUUGUUAGAUGAUAUUUGCAAUAGCGCAAAAGACAUUGGACUUACACCCGCAGAUCACCUCAUAGGCACUAGUGGCGUUGAACCUAGGGAACUCAGGCGGACUGUACCCUAUAUUGAUGAUUUGAUAGUUGUGGGGAGGGAUGUUGAUGUCUCAAAAGUGAUAGGCAUGUUGCUCCGUUCUGAUGUGGAAGAAGAUUUAUCUGUCAUUGCCAUUAUAAGAAUGGCCGGGUCAAUGUUUCAAGAAGUUAAAUUGGAUAUGUACAAUAAUAUUAGAAGUUGUAAGAUGCAUGAUCUUAUGCAUGAUCUUGCUCUAAGUGUCUCGGAGGGUGAUUGUUUGGCUUUGGAGGCUAGUGAGAUGAAGGAUCAUCCCGAGGUUAAACAUCUAUGGUUAUGUCUCGGGGAAGAAACAAGAGUAAAAUCUGGUGCCAAAGAGUUUCCGACUUCAAUAUCCAAAUUCAUACAUUUGAAAUAUCUUAACUUCUCCAAGUCUUUUUUAAAAAAAGUGCCAGAUUAUAUUACUAAGUUCUACAAUUUGGAAACACUCAGAUUGCCAUCUGUCGCAGAGUUUCCUGAAAAAUUCCACAAAUUGGUUAGCUUGAAACAUCUUUGUAUGGGUGAUAGCAACUUUUGUAAAAUUUGA